AUGACAAAGGAGAAGCUAUUCCUAAAAGCGAGAUUGCAAAGGGAUAUACAACAGAGUGGAGCUACCCUUCGCGGGUACUUUUUGUUGCUACUAAAAUGGGCAACACGCAUUUUCUUGAUAUAUGAGAUUGGUGCAAUGAAAGAUUUAAUAACUCCUAUUAAAGACAUAAAAGGCAAUAACAUGUUGCAUAUGGUUGCAAAAAAGGCUAAGCAAAAUCAAAUUCAAAACGUGUCUGGGGCUGCUUUAGAAAUGCAACGAGAGUUAUCAUGGUUCAAGGAGGUAGAGCAAUUGAUCCCACCUAGUUAUAGACAAAGGAAGAAUAUAGCUGGUGAAACACCACGAGACUUGUUCGCCAAGGAACAUGCAUACUUAAUAUCCAAAGGCAAGGACUGGAUGAAUAACUAUAUGCUGGUUGCAACCCUCAUAGCCACCAUUGUAUUUGCAGCUGCGUUCACACUUCCUGGUGGAUACAAACAGGACACAGGUAUUCCAUUUUUCCGCAAAGAACCGUCCCUCAUUAUUUUUGUGAUCUCAAAUGCGGUUUCUUUAAUAUCCUCGUCAACCUCAGUCCUCAUUUUCUUAUCCAUCCUCACAUCUCGUUAUGCGGAGCGUGAUUCCAUGCAAUUGUUACCUAGCAGACUAAUGUUUGGUAUUGCUACACUCUUCCUCUCUAUUGUAACUAUGAUGAUUGCAUUUAGUGCGAGUUUCUUUUUACUUUACAAAGGGAAGCUGGAAUGGGUGCCCAUCACUAUCACCUGUUUGGCGGGCGUGCCGGUUAUUCUAUUCGCCAGAAUGCAAUUUCACCUUCUAGUGGAUAUUUUUGACUACACGUAUAGAUCAAAAUAUCACUUUAAGCCCAAGAAACGUUCUCUUUACUAUUAA